UCUCUCCCUUUUUGUAGCAACUACUCAAGAUUUAUCUCUAAAAGAAAUACUGAAGAUUUUCUAUGGUAAGUAAUAUAGAUAACUUAAUGUGGUUGGAGCCUAGGACUGGGUAAACCUCACCCUUGUAACAAAUUUUCAAAAGAAACCAGAGAGAAACGUUGGAUGGUUGUGGCAUGCAGCAGAUAGCAGUCGAUCGAUCGAUCGGCUUUCAGUUGCACAAUUUGAGGGGAGGAGGCCAAAAAUGGCGCAGGAUCUUAUCAGUCCACACCUGCACUCGUCACCUCCCACUUCCUCCUCCACUUGCACUCGCACUACGUCCGCUCGUUCCGCCGCCUGCGUGCUCCAUGGGCGGCUACACGCCGGAGGGCGGCGGCAGCGGCGUCCGUGCCGCCCGCCCCGGACGGUACCCUCCCCUCGCCUCCCUCGUCGUCUCCACCAUCGCCGCCUUCUCCGCCGUCAUCGUCAUCGCCGUCCUCCACUCGGCGUACGACGACGCGCUGUCCCGGACGCGGACGCUGCUGGGGCACAACCUGGAGCCGACGCCGUGGCACCCGUUCCCGCACGACAAGGGCCGCCCGCCGCCGCGCGCCGCGCUCCGGUGCGCAUCCUACCUCUCCUGCCUCCCGCCGCUCUCGCAGCCGAAGCCGGCGGCGGCGGCGGCGGCCAACGCGUCGAGGCCGCGGCAGUGCCCGUCCUACUUCGCCGCCAUCCGCCGCGACCUGGCGCCCUGGCGGCGCCGCGACGGCGGCGGCGGCGGCAUCACGCGCGCGCUCCUCGAGUCGGGCCGCCACCGCGCGUCCAUGCGCGUCACCAUCACGGGCGGCGGGACGCGGCUGCACGUGGACCUCUACUACGCCUGCGUCCAGAGCCGCGCGCUCUUCACCGUGUGGAGCCUGCUGCAGCUCAUGCGGCGCUACCCCGGCCGCGUCCCGGACGUGGACCUCAUGUUCGACUGCAUGGACCGGCCGGCCAUCAACCGCACCGAGCACACCGGCGAGGGCGCGCCGCCGCCGCCUCCCCUGUUCCGCUACUGCACCACCCGCGACCACUUGGACAUCCCGUUCCCGGACUGGUCCUUCUGGGGCUGGCCGGAGACGCACAUCGAGCCGUGGACCCGGGAGUUCAGGAGCAUCAAGCAGGGCUCCAGGCGGGUGCGGUGGCCGGACAGGGUGCCCACGGCGUACUGGAAGGGCAACCCGGACGUGGCGUCGCCCCUCCGCCUCGCGCUGCUCGCCUGCAACGACACCAACCUAUGGCGAGCCGAGAUCAUGCGCCAAAACUGGGAGGAGGAGGCCAAGUCCGGGUACCAGAACUCCAAGCUCUCCAGCCAGUGCACGCACCGGUACAAGAUCUACGCGGAGGGGUUCGCGUGGUCGGUGAGCCUCAAGUACAUCCUGUCGUGCGGGUCCAUGGCGCUGCUGAUCGACCCGCUGUACCAGGACUUCUUCAGCCGGGGGCUGGAGCCGCGGGUGAACCACUGGCCGGUGAGCACGGUGGGGAUGUGCGAGUCCAUCCGGGACGCCGUGGAGUGGGGCAACGCGCACCCGGAGGAUGCGGAGCGCGUCGGGAAGCGCGGCCAGCGGCUCAUGCAGGAGCUGGGCAUGGACACCGUCUACGACUACAUGCUGCACCUGCUCACCGAGUACGCCGCGCUGCUCGACUUCCGGCCGGGGCCGCCGCACUCGUCCCAAGAGGUCUGCGCCGGUUCCGUGCUCUGCCUCGCCGACGACCGCCAGAGGAGGUUCCUGGAGGCGUCCGCCGCGUACCCCGCCACCGCCGGGCCGUGCUCCAUGCCGCCGUCCGACGGCUGAUCAAUGCAAGUCAAUGCGGGGUGGAGAUUGAGCGUCCGUGCGUCGAGGGUAAAGGUGCAUGCGAUGCGCAAUGGAUGCGCCGACUUGUACUACUACUGCCAUUAUCAGGGAUGAUACGCCCGUGGGCGGGGCUGAUUUGCGAGAUUCUUUAGCCUGAGAGUGAGAGGGGGUGGGUCAGGAUGGGGGUAGCGGUAGAGGGACACUAGUGUAGUGGAGUGGUACUAAUCUCGGCACGUCACAAUUUUGAUUUUGGAUUAGCUACUGUUGAUCAGUCUCUAAUAAACCUAAAUGAUAAGUGCCUUGCGAGAGAAAAGUGGGGAAAAAGUUUGAACGCUUUGUGUUUAAUGAACAAGGUGAUUCCAUUUA